GACUAAAUUACCAAUCUGCACAAUCUAGAACAAUGAUGAUUUUAACAUAUAUAUAGCCUCUUGCCUUGAACUGUUUCAUCAGCACCUGCCUUCAAACCAAUCUUCUUAUCUGGUGAUACAACCUCUAUUUAAACUUUCAAUUUCCCAUCUAUCUUAACAACACUUCCAAAAUGCUUCCAAUCACACUUUAUUCUCAUCCUUUCGGUCCUAACCCGUGGAAGGUGGCCCUCAUCCUCGAGGAGCUGAACAUCCCAUACACAACAAAAUUUGUGGAUUUCUCCGAAGUCAAGAAGGAGCCGUAUAUCCAACUCAAUCCAAACGGACGGCUGCCAUCUAUCGAAGACCCUAACACCGACAUUACACUCUGGGAGUCCGGAGCCAUCAUCGAAUACUUGAUUGAAAAGUAUGAUGUUAAUCACCAGUUGAGCUACAACACCUUCGCCGAAACGUAUCUUGCUAAGCAGUGGCUGCACUUCCAAGCUUCUGGUCAAGGGCCAUACUAUGGUCAAGCCUCUUGGUUCACCAAUCUCCACCCCGAAAAAAUCCAAAGUGUUAUCGACCGAUAUGCAAACGAGAUCCGUAGAGUCACUGGAGUUCUUGAAUCCGUGUUGAAAACGCGAGAAUGGCUGGUCGGGGACAAAUGCACAUACGCGGAUCUUUGUUUCAUAGCAUGGCAAAGAUGGGCACCUCGAUAUGGUGGUGAAGAUAUCUAUAAGGAUUACCCGCAUGUGGAGGCAUGGCUGGAGAGGAUGAAAAUGAGGCCUGCAGUCAAGAAGAUUUAUGCUGAUCAGGACUUCGCCAUGACAGAAGCCCAGAAGAAAUGAACCUGCUGGUAUGUGGAUAGAAUACUGUACACAGUUAAGUUGUCUAUACAAGGUCCCCCAUAGAUUAAAUCAAUUUUCUCUUUCUGCUAUUCUAUUCUAUCGAGUGGUUGCUUCUCCAGUGACCUUGGUGGAAUUUCUUUUGAAAAUUGAUUGCCCAUGUGUACUUGUCAUUUCCUCUACCAUCAAUACAAGAGUGAUUUUGCUUUCACCCAUUAGAUGCAACAGUCUCCAACGGUACCUAUACGUUAGUUCAAAGGGUGGGUGUUUAAAUAAUGAACACUAAUAGUUUCGACUGCUCAAUACAUAGGCUUCGAAUUGGAAUUUUCUUGUCGUCAGGCA